AUGAAUAAUUCAGAUAAUAAUCAAAAUAGUUCAACCAUUGUGAAUAGUAAUAGUGAUAUUAUAAAUGGUGUUGCAAGAACAUCUUUGUUUGUAUCUGCAGGUAGAGCCUAUACAACCAAUAGUUAUGUAAGAAACAUUCUUGCAAAUGGCAGUGAUGAAGAGAAAGCAAGAAUAGUAGAGUUUCUACCAUAUUUUCAAGAGCGUUUGUCUGAUUCGUUUAUACCUCCAAAGGCUGGUAUCUACGAUCCAUACUCAUUCUACUUCUCGACGACAAGCGAUGCACUCGAAUUGAUAAAGAAAACCAUUGCCAAGGUCGAUCCUGACUAUCCACUGGCAGACAUCAACAAAUACAAUCCAAUGUAUCUAUGGUCAUUCAUAUCGGAAUCCGCACAUCUAAGAGUUGCAUUUAGAACUAAAUAUAUAGAUCAUUUCAUUGAAUCACAAUAUAACAAUAGCAACAAUAACGAUAGCAAUGAUAACUAUAAUAACAAUCAAUUUAAACAAUUAAUUAUAUUGGGUGCAGGAUUAGAUACACGUGCACUUCGGUUGAAUAUACCCGAUGAUACGGUUGUGUAUGAACUCGAUUUGCUGGAGGUCAUAGAGUAUAAGAAGAGAUUGUUGGUCGAGGCAACCAAGGUAUUCACACCGAAAACGAAAUGCAAACUAGUUCAAAUACCGACUGAUCUGAGGUAUCCAGAGUUGUGGACAAAGAGUUUGUUGGAUGCAGGAUUCCAGAGUGACCGCCAAUCACUUUGGGUACUUGAAGGAUUGCUUAUGUAUCUGACGGAAUCGGAUAUCAAGAUACUACUAGAUACAAUCAAUCAGCUAUGUUCCCCAGCGUCAAAGAUUUUAAUACAUACAGUCAAUGAAGUACCACUGGAGAAGAGAACAUUGAUCUUCAAGGAAUUCAACUCACUUACCGAUCACCCAGAGAACUAUUUAAUAGAAUCCGGUUUCACAAAAGAUAUCAAACCCAUUUCCUAUAUUGAAAUCAAUCAAAUGUUUGGUGACGACACAACAAAACUAUCAAAAUCAUCGAUGUUCACAAGUGCUUCAAAUGUCAGAUAA